UUAAUGAUGUGAUACACAAAAGUCCAUUUGGAAACCUGGAUUUGCGUUCUCGAGUGCUACCUGGCUCGGUCUUAGAAUUGUUCCCUGUUUAUGAACACUAGGAUCAAUAUGGACCAGAUGACAAUUUGAUUUUGUUUUUUUGCAAUUUCCUCAAACCAAUCACCCAGGUAUAAGGGAGUCAGAAGUUCCUGAGCUGCCAUCGAGUGCGGACAUUCUUUAUUCUUGGCAGCGAUAUAUUCUGAGGUUCGAAUGGACCUGUCUGAUGUCACUUACGACUACAGCGACAAAUUCAUAGUAACUUCUGACGUCAAGUCGACCUUCGAUCGCUAUGGGUUUAUCAUAUUAAGGCAUGCCCUGAGUUCGGAAGAAGUCCGUAUGACGAACAGCUUCCUGGAGAAUGACCAGGAACGAUUGGACAAAGCCUAUGGGCGGACUGAUGAUGAGGGUCGGAAAGGGAUGAUGACGCUAUGGAAUGAACCAAAAGAUGACAUCACUGGUCUCAUUAGCAGAUCGGAGAAGAUUGCGGGUACGAUGGAAGCGCUUCUUGGAGGGGAGGUGUACCACUAUCAUGCCAAACUCAUGCUGAAAGAGGCAAAGACGGGUGGCAAACACGUCUGGCACCAAGACUACGGGUAUUGGUAUAGGAACGGAUGUUUGACACCCGAUAUGGGAUCUGUAUUCAUAGCGAUCGACAAAUGUGAGAAAGCAAAUGGUUGUUUGGAGGUGAUUCCCGGCUCGCAUCACAUGGGCCGUGUCGACCACAAGUUCGUCGGCGAGCAGACCGGGGCAGACAUGGAGCGCGUCGAGUGGGCCAGGAAGAAGCUCGGCCACGCUUUCGUCGAGAUCGAUCCUGGCGAUGCCAUCUUCUUUCACUCGAACGUCCUUCAUGCCAGCGGGCGCAAUGACAGCGACAAUCGGCGAUGGGUCCUCAUCGUCGCGUACAACCGCGCGGACAAUGACCCCGUGUACGAGCACUGCCAUCACGCUCAUUACACUCCGAUUAACAAGAUACCAAGCAGUGAAAUACUAGCAUCCCUCAACUCCUAGGUGAGGUGUUGGACCUUGCUACAAAGUACCGACAGAGUCUCACUUUAUGUUCGUCCAACGAAGAAUCAGGUUAUACUCUCUUGUGUUUAAUAGCUCCAUGCUUAUACAGUGCGUAAAAAAAAACACUGGAACAGUGUUAUACAGUUCAUGAAAAUUGAGUUUCACAUUAUGUCUACAUUUCAAUGUUCAUAGAUGCUCUGAAGUCUUAUCGUUCAAAUGCCACUUAAAAAAUAAGAAGCAUCGUUCAUGCUUGAGCGAAGACAACAUUUUUGUCCGGGGUUUGGUAAAGGACUUGCACCAAAGAAAAUGAGAAAUAUGAUCAUCAGACUUGCUAAUCAGCAGACUCCUCUUAACCUUUUCAUUAUUUUUGCCAUUAUUUCAAAUGCUAUCAAAAUUCAUCUGCAAAGCUAUUCAUUUUUUUAUACAUGAUUUUUCCCCCUAUUAAAAGGUUAUCUUUCAGCAUUGAAUAUUCCUUCAUGAUAUUAAAAACCAAUGUCAACACAAGUAAGGGGUUGGCAGUACAUGUAUUAAUGGAGGAACUGGUAAUUUAUUCAAAUCCUUUCAUUGUCUGCAAAAAAGGUUAUGGUGCCUUUGAAAGACAUGAAUCCUUUCCUGUAAAUUAAAUCCAUUUAUUGUCCUUUCAAAGGCACCAUAACCUUUGUUGCACACAAAUGAAAGGACUUGAAUAAAUUAAAAGCUCUCCCAUUAACACAUUUUUUUAUGCGAUUCCCUUUACUUGGGUAGACAAAAAAAAAAUUAUAUCAUGAACUAAGGAAUAUAUUCAAUGCUGAUAGAUAACCUAUUGAAAUGGAAAAAUCCAGUAAAUAAAUUGCUUUGUAAAUGAAUUUUGAAAGCAUUAAAAAAUAAUGGCAAAAUAGGAUUUACAUUUAACUCUGAGAUCUUUCAAGUGUUAAAUAGUUUGACAUUUCAUAUUGUAGAUAUAUAGACUUUUUAUAAUACAUGUCCUGCACAUAAUAACUUUAAAGAUUCAUAAUUAAAACUAUAUUAAUGGAAAGAAAAACAGUACAAAUGAUAGAGUUGAUUGAUCUCUUUUGAUAUAUGUACAAGGUAUCAUACAUGUCCAAUAAUGAAGUUCCUAGAGUUCAGCUCAAAGUCCAAGUCAGUAGCUUUGUUACAGGAAUGUGGAUAUGCCUCUAAUUGUUUAAAUUGCCACUUGGUCUAC